AUGCCAUGUGUUAGCGGUGUUGUAUCUCGGCGUACAGACGAGUACAUGAGCAAGCAGGCACAAGCCGUGCGCCUCCGCAGCGGUACUGACAGGAACAUACUUGUACAUCCGCACCAUCGACUACGGUCUCCUUGUACAGCUGCUCCUGCGAGGUACGAGAAGGCCGGCGAGGGGAGAGGCGGCUUCGCUCGUCCGUUCGCCAUCUCCGUUGCCUCCAUCAACCGCCCUCUCAGGCGGUUCGACGGCAAGGACCAGCGACCAUCGAGUCCACGCCAGCCGUCCCGUCAUCAAGCUCGUAACAAAGAUUUUCUCGCUCUUGCAGCUUUCUGCGACGGUCCCGUCCGACGGCACCUCGAAGCUCGUGGCCAUGGCCGACGUCCCCUUGUCGAGUCACUGCUCGGAUCCCUUCGCCCUCACCAAACGGCCAUGACCCAUCAACAUAUGACGACUGUGACGGCCUCGACACCUGUUACCGAAGCCCAGCACACCAGGAUUCACGUUAUUCCUGUCCACGUACGUCUUCUGAAUCGGCGGGGGCGUCGGUCGGAACGGCUGCUCCCCGACGCCUCCAUUUCCGGCGCCACGCCCCCCCCUACCAUCGCUCGCAUCUCUAGCAUCUCGACCGCUACGGUAUUUUCCGACAUGGUAUCUACAUGUACCCUUCAGCUCACCCUCGAUCCGCGUAGGAAGCUGGAGUCGCCGCAGAUGCCACUACCGGCCCUGGAAGCCAUGACACCGCCGCCCUUGGAGAUGUGCGAUAACUCAAGCCAAGGAGCCCGCAGCCAUGGGAUGGAGCCGGCCUGGUGCGGUCGUGUUAUAGACAACUCUCCGCCUCGUUAA